CCCUCAGAUAUUUGAAUAUUCAACCACUAAAUAAUUGAGGGUUCACAACAUAUAACUCUUAGAUUUUAUCCAAAGUUGUGAGUUUUCAGACUCAGUCAAGUAGCAAAUAAUACAUUUGGUUUCAGUAAUGGUGACAUGGACAGGGGAAGAAAUUCAAUUAGUGAGUGAGUAUUAAAAUAGUUAGUACCUGAUUUUACUCUAAUGUACCACCCAGUCACUGGAGAUGAUGAUGAAAGAAGGGGUUAUACAGCUGACUGAAGUUUGAAAUCCAUAGUUUCAAACUUGUUUGAAAUGAGUUUAAUAUAUAAGCUGACAUUUAUUGAGCACCUACUAAAUUCUAGAACCCUGUUAAACAUUUUACUGGCAUAGUCGCAUUGAAUAACUCCAUAAAAUAGUUGCCUUAAUUAGCCAUAUUUUACAGAUGAGGAAGCUGAGGCUCAGAGAAGUUAAAAAAACUUGUCUAAGAUCACACAUUUGGUAAGCAGCAGGGUCAGGACUUGAACCCAUGGCUGUCUGACUCCAGAUGUAUCCUUAACCAACGUGCUGGGAUCAUUAGGGGACUGUGCCUGCCAAUCCUCUGAUUGUUCCCUUGGUUAUUAGCACUAUCCCCGGAGUUGGAAAUCAGAUGCAAGAGAAAUAAAAAGGAUUGAGAACUAAGUAGUACAAAUGAGGCCUUGGUUAGGUGCUAUGAGUGGAGUGAGGAUAUGAGUAUUAUGGAAAUAGAAUUAGAAGCAGGACAGACAGAAUUGCACGUGAUUGACAGUAACAAAAGCCUGUACAAUGCAACAUGUUAUUAUUGUACAUGAGCUAUUAGAGAAAAAAAUAAGCACUGAGAAUGAGAAGACCCAGAUUUAAAUCCAGUUUUUGCUGUUUACCAAAUACAGGACGAGAUCAUCAGGGCCUCAAUAGGAAACAGGUGGUUCAAAUAAGAGACUCAAUGAACGCACCACUUUCAGAGGUAUUAGGGCAAGGUGAAGGGGCAGAGAAUGUGAAGGCACCCAGAAAUUGGCAACAGUGGAAGCCGAUACCACUCCUAGGAUGGAAGGGACCAAAGGAAGAACAGUGUACCCAGAGCCCAGCGAGAGGUGGCCUCCUGGAAGGGAGGCUGCCCUACAGACCUGUGGUGUGGAAGGAUUCUGUUACAGCCUGAAACAGGACCCUGCAUCUUGGAGAGAGCACAGAAGAAGUACUCUGGACUCUGUCCUGGUGCCUUCUGAUCUGCUGGCGCUUUGCAUCAGCUGAACCCUCCCAGGAGCCAGCCUACAAGGGACCCCAGAAGAUGUCAUUGGGGAGUUUGUCUCCCAGUGGGGGAAUGGAGAAUAACCUUGAGCUAGUCACUUCCCGUCUCCAAAUUCCAGUUCGCUUAUUUGUGGGGAAAGUGCCUACCAUAUUAACAGUUGACCUUGAUUUUACUUCCAAUUUUUUAUUUUGGUAAACUUCAAAUACACAAAUAAUUUAUAAGAAUAGUACCAUGAACAUGCACAUAUACUCUUCAUCUAGAUUCACUGGUUGUUAAUGUUUUGCCACAGUUGCUUUAUUCUUUCUUUCUCUUCACACAAACAUAUACACAUAUUUUUGCUGAAUCAUUUGAGAGUUAUUUGCUGACAUACUGGCACUCUAUUCCUAAACACUUAAGCAAAUAUUGCCUGAAAGCAAGGACUUUUCUGUACAUAACCACAAUACAUGGAGACCUUCUCAGUGAAUUGUAUCUGGAGGCAUUUGAGAUGACUGUCCCUUCAUCUGUGGUGUUCAAUUUGAUCACUUGGUUAAUGCAGUAUCUUCUAGUUUUAUUCAUUGCUCCUCUUUGUAAUUAUUAAGUAAACCUGUGGAGUGAUAUAUGUGUGUGACAUAUGUGAUAUAUGGAGUGACAUAUCUUUUUCACUAACGUUCUUUCAACCAGUGGUUUUCACAAACAUUGAAUUUUGUUGCUAUGGCAUAAAGAGUUUCAUAAAAGUAUAAUUGUGGGGACCUGGUAAGACUUCUUUGAAAGUUCCUAUUACAACCCUCCUCUCUUCAUAGAUUGAACUGUUUUCAUUCACUUAUUUAUUCAUUAGGCAAAUUAGUGCUCAUUAUGUGCCUUGGUUUCAUGGUUGCCUUAACUCAUGUCUUUAGCUCAGAUCAUUCUCCUGUCCAUAUUGACGACAGCUUUUGGGUCUCUCUACCUUAAUGUUCCAUGAAUACCUUAAACUCAACUCGCCCAAAUGCACCCAGCAUCUAUCUUCCCGACAUGCCCUUCCUAUGUUCUUUAUCCUAGUGAAUCAUACCUCAUCUACUCAGCUACCAUAUAAUAAAAAGAACUCCUAUUUAUUGAGUGCCUGUCGCUGUCACAGGCCUUUUACACACCAUACAAGCAUUAUCUCAUUUAACCUUCUGAAGGAGGGCCCUCAGUCCCAGGUCAAAAGCUCGUAAGUCUUCCUGCAGGAUACAGAUCUUGCGCUCUUUGACUUCAAAGCCUAGUUUUUAGAUAGUGAUUAAGAGCAUCACUGACUUCAAAUCGGUGGCUCUACUGCCAACUUUAGGGUAUGAGAUAUGUCAUCUCAGCUCUCAAUGCCUUGGAUUCUUCCUUUGUUAAAUGGGAGGGAUAAUAAUCCCUGCUUUGUAGGGUUGUUAUGAUGAAUGAGAUAAAACUUGACAAACAUUUGAACAAUCUCUGGCAGCACCACAGUGCCUUCCAAGACAUAAAUGUGGUCAUUCUGAACCUCUCCAUCCAGUCUCUGCUGUCAUUGCUUUAGUUCAGACCAAGGGUGGAAAAACCAUGGCCCUCAGGCCAAAUCUAGCCUGCUAUGUGUUUUUGUAAAGAAAGUUAAUUGGAACACAGCCAUGCCCACUCAUUUACAUAUUGUUCUUGGUUCCUUUUGCCUUAUAACAGCAGAAUUGAGUUGUGGCAACAGCCAUAUGACUCGCAGAACCUUAUAGGUUUACUGUCUGACACUUUCAGAAAAAUUUUGGCAUCUUCUGGUUGCCUGGGGUAUUGCAAUAGCCUCUUUAUUGGUUUUCCUCAUUUUAUCUUAUUCCUUUGAUUUGAUCUUCCUCACCCUCCCCCUGGGUGAGGGGGAAUUUCCCUAAAAUUUGAACUCAGUCAUGCCACUUUGCUUACUGAAAUGUUUCAUAAGCCCUCAAGCCUAAAAGCAUCAGGUUUCACUCCAAGAAGCUCUUUCCGACUUCCACAGGCAAAACCAAUAGCUUUUGCUCCUCUAUGGCUUGUGCAUACUUCCAUGUCAGCAUUUUAUCCCACUCUAUCAUGAUCAUGGUAUAGCUCUCUGCCCCUCCCACUGUUGUGGGUUCCUCUUGAGGGCAGGGCAUUUUUCAGUUUUUGUACCUCUGGUGCCCACUCUAGGGCCUGGCCCUUAGUAAGUGCCCACGGGGGUGUUAUUGGUUGUUGGUUUUGGAGCUGAGUUUGAAGGCUUGAAUAAGGUGCUAUGGAAGUAAAGAGAAGAGGCAUGCCAGAGGAGGCUGUCUGAAGGGGGUGACGACUUAGGUCCUGGAGGAUGAAAAGGAGGAUAAAAUAAGGGGGAAAAAAAGGGCAAUCAAAACAGUUUGGGUGAAGUGAAGAAGCCUGAGAGAGGCAGGCUUGGGAAGUGACAAAGAGGUAGGGGACAAAUGACGGAAUGCUGGACUGUAGACUGAAAAAGGAAGCAUUAGGUCCAAAUUCUGCACAGCCUCGCCUGCUGUGCUGAGGUGCAUGGAUAACGGGAAACCAGGGAAGGACUGGAGGAGACGUGCACCACAGUCAGUGUCAGAACUGUCCAUCUGCAAGUCAGUCUUCUAGAAACCUCUCAAGCCAUUCAUUAUGCUUUUGCCUUGUCAUGAUUAAAUCCUUAGUGCAUAUAAUUCCUGGCCUAUGGUUGAUUCUCAAUAAAUGUUUCUUUAAUAAUUGAAGUGUAUGAUGCAUAACCUCAUUUCCUUAUUGUUACCUUUCCCCAGUUUUAAGGGUGGGGGGUUUCCCAAGUCCUGGGGUUCUGUUAUUAGAUGAACAUUUGCCCUGUCCACAACUUUCAUGAAUGUAAGCUUUUGGAUGUUUUGCUUGAAAAAUUCCCACCAGAAAAAUAUGUCCAUCCUCUAAUGGAAGUUUUUAAUCUCCUACAUCAUUUUAGUUGACUUUUCCUGGGUUUUCUCCAACUCGGUACUGUCCUUGUUUAGGUAAGACUUUUAAGAACAUGUGAAUUCUUUUCUAACCUGAAAAACCAGUGGCAGGUCAGUUUGUGUCUUGUGCUUUGGAUAUUUUCUCUCAACAAAAUAUUAAAUGGAAGUAACUUGCAAAGCAUGCUGAGGAGUCCUGAGAAGAAUGACACACAAAUAGGAUGCUGAGUUUUUAUUAAUGAUGUCCUCAGAUUAAUUCUGCCAUUACCUCAAGAGCUCAGAGAGCUACAGCUUAGCUGUUUGGGGGAAGUCAGUGAAAUGAAUUGGGUGGUAGAAGGUGGCCAGGCUAGGUGACUGCACAAAACUGGGAUUUAAGGAGUCCCCUGCACUCCAGGAAAUUCUCCAAGUCUCCACUUAAUUAUCCAGAUCCUCAAAGUGAACUUAGGCUUCAGUUUCUAAUUGAGUGCAUUUUCCAUCCAUGGAUUGGCUUGUUUUGUUCAGUUUUACUUUGAGUGUUUGAGGUUAUCUUUUCGACGUAACAGCUAAACCCACGGCUUCCUUUCUCGUAAAACCAAAACAAAAAGGCUUUCUAUUCAGGUGCCUUCUGUGUGUGCACAUGUAUAGUACAUACCCGGGAUCAAAGCUCUCUAUAUAAAGUCCUCGAUUCUGUGUGGGUUCAAACACAUUUCAAAGCUUCAGGAUCCUGAAAGGUUUCGCUCCUCUUCCUGAAGUCCCGAGCACUGCUUCCAUAUAGCCAUGGUUUGCUUUGGAUUCCAGAGGCACGUGGCUUGGCUGCACCCUCCCAGGACCUGGUCCUGCACUGCCAUGUUCUCUCUUCUCUUCAUUCCUGGCUUCUCCAAGGGUAAGUGAGUGAGACGAUUGGAGCAUGAAGAUGGAGGAGGUGUUUCUCCCACCUGGGUUUCAUUUCUUUCAGCAGUCAAGGGCAGUGAUUUAUAGCACAGCCAGAAGCUAAAGAUAAACAACUCUAAAGCUAAAGCGAUGCACGUGACCCAGCCUGCAGUGGUGCUGGCCAGCAGCCGGGGCGUCGCCAGCUUUGUGUGUGAGUAUGCGUCCUCAGGCAGAGCCGAAGAGGUCCGGGUGACAGUGCUGCGGCAGGUCAGCAGCCAGGUGACUGAAGUCUGUGCCUCGACCUACACUGUGGAGAAUGAGUUGACCUUCAUGGAUGAUUCCACCUGCACUGGCACCUCCAGUGGAAACCAAGUGAACCUCACCAUCCAAGGGCUGAGGGCCAUGGACAUGGGGCUGUACAUCUGCAAGGUGGAGCUCAUGUACCCACCGCCCUACUAUGUGGGCAUGGGCAAUGGAACCCAGAUUUACGUCAUUGAUCCAGAACCAUGCCCAGAUUCUGACUUCCUCCUCUGGAUCCUUGCAGCAAUCAGUUCAGGAUUGUUUUUUUACAGCUUCCUCAUUACAGCUGUUUCUUUGAGCAAAAUGCUAAAGAAAAGAAGCCUUCUUACUACAGGGGUCUAUGUGAAAAUGCCCCCAACAGAGCCAGAAUGUGAAAAGCAAUUUCAGCCUUAUUUUAUUCCCAUCAAUUGAGAGACCAUUAUGAAGAAGAGAGACCAUUUUCCAAUUUCUAAGAGCUGAGGCAAUUCUAACUUUUUGCGCUCCAGCUAUUUUUGUUUGUUUGUGUACUUUUGGGGGGUGGGGAGGGAUUCAUCUCUCUCAAAUAUAAAGCUGGAUGCAGAACCCAAAUUAAGUGUACUACGAUUUAAAACAAAAGAGCAGAAAAACAGAGCUGGGAUGUUUCUGUGACAUCAGAUCCAAUUUUAGUAAAAGCUUCACUUGGGAGCAAUAUGGAGAUGCAGCAUUAUGAUGUAGGAUCAAGGAAAUAAGUUAGGGAAGGGUACACUCCAAGGAAACGGGAGAAAAGGAGUGAGAGAGAGGAGUAUGUUGUACACACCUUGUAUUUACAUGUGAGAAGUUUAUAGCUGAAAUGAACUUUUUAAGUUAAAUUUUUAUGUUGUGCUAUUUUUCUUAAUAAAUGUAUAAUUACUCUUAGAUUUUUUAAAAAAAUACUCACAUGGCUAUAUUUUAGCCAGUGAUUCCAAAGGUUGUAUUGUACCAAUAUGUAUUCUUAUAUUUGAUACUAUUGUGCAUGGGGACCCCAUGUGCUUUUGUGUACUUGCUGACGGUUUGAAUACAAACACUAUAUAACAGUGUCUUCCCAUCAAGGGUUCAGGGACAAUUUUGUGGAGGGGCUCAGGACACUAAUGCACCAGGCAGGAUACACUGUCACUUGCUAACUGGCUCAGAAUCUGGUUGAGGUUGUGGCAGUGUUCCAGAUUUUUACAGAAAUGUUGAGCUGAAUGGUAUUGCCAUGAGUGUGGCUUUGGGCUUUUAUGCCAGCUUCUUUCAAGGGUUUGCAAGGAAGCCAGACUGGUAGUAUCUGAGUUAAAUAGACAGAACACGUCAAGGAAAUGGCUCACUCCAGGAGUCCUGUAGGUGUGAACUUCAUGAAAGUUCCAGUUCCACAGGGCCCCAGUUCCUUCCAAACACAUGGCUAAUGCUACGGACAGAAGAAAGCAGCCAGUGGCAGAAUGGGAUGCACAAAUGUUUCUGAAAACUAACACUGUUAGUGUUUUUAUAACUCACUAUUUUCCAUGAAAAUGCAACAACAUGUAUAAUAUUUUUAAUUAAAUAAAAAUUUGUGAUGGUCA